GUUCAACAUUUCGCUAGAUAUUUAAAUGUACCAGGGUAGGUUGAUCAAAAAGGACUGCAUCCUGCGUCCUGUAUUCCGCCCUGGAGUCAGCCCCUGGUCGUCCCCGUGGUCGCCGCGCGCUCAGCGAAGUCCGACAGGAAAAAGUACAAAUCAGUCGGAGCGCAGUGUUAAUUAAUGAUCGCAAGUUAACCAACGACGAUCAUCCCGCGCGAGCACUACGCGAGCGACAUUGUCGAUACGCAGCACGUUUCGAGCCGUCCUGAUUAUUUCAUCAUGCAACCGUCACACCGAAGGUCUCGAAUAUAUUUUCAGAGCGUUGAUUUAAAAUCACUUCACGGUCACCGAAUAUAGCCGCCGUUGAUUGGUGCUUCGCUAUUGCGAGAGGGGGAACCUCUUUCGAGAAUGUUCUAUCAUUCUAGUAUAUACUCUAGCGCGCUCGCACGUGGUCGAGUUAUGACGACUCGAGCCGGCGAGCGAAGCGGACGUGGCGACGUACGCGGAGAAUCGGCGCGUUGUUUACGACCUUCGUCCCGGGCAUUUUUUGGUAUUUCGCCGAAUACACCUCGAGACAUUUGACCGGGCGCCGCCGCUCGUCAUCAUACGCGCGUCAUCAUUCUCCGAUUGAAUCGCAUCUAUCGUGUUGAUGUCAGUGUCAGUGUCAAUGAACGUCCAAGAGGUUGAAUCGGAAAGGCGGAGCAGACAGAGAAUACGGGACGCAGGAUGCAGGACGCGGUGAGACAUCGUAAAUUUCUAGAAUCCCGGCAGCUGAUUAUCAAGAGCGUCAACGUGCCCGCCGUGGUGAAGGCCGGCGACACCGAUUACGUGAUCCUCGACUGCGACUACGACCUCGAGAACACGUCGAGCGCGGGCCUCGUCGUAAAAUGGUUUUUCAACACCAACGAGCUGGUUUACCAGUGGAUUUACGACAGGAACCCUCAGGCGAGCGAGCCCGCCCGGAAAUACGUCGACUUAACGUACAAAGCCAGCGACGAUCCGUACACCCAGUACCGAGCUAUGAAGCUGAAUAAGCCGGGCGUCGAUCUUACCGGCGAGUACACAUGCGUGAUAUCCACCUUCGAGGAUGAGCGAACGGCGAACGCGUCGAUGGUGGUUUACUCGACGGAGGAAAAGUUCGACCUCGUGUACAAGAAGAAGGCGAUAGAUGAUAAAGAUGGAGUCGAAAUAACGUGCAGAGCCGAAGGGCUUUUUCCUCAACCGACCCUCGACAUCUCCGUCGAGGGCAUGCCGGAGAAGCUAGCGAAGAAGCCCAUGGUAUCGCUGCGUGACGAUGGACUGUACGAUAUCUCAUCGCGCGUGGCCUUAGUGGACGAGGAUUUACCGGAAGCGACGAUUGUCAAAUGCUUGCUCGGCAUACCGAAGGCGACCUACAACGUUUCCCGCAAAACCGUCUAUUACGCCGGAACGCUUACUACCACAUCAACUACCACAACGAAGCUGCACCGUAAAAUGGAGGUCCAGGCCUUAGACAAGUCAGAAUCUGAUAAUAGUAGUGGUAACUUCGCUGGCUACGCGUCAAUUAAUCUUCCGCUAUUGUGUGUACAGUUGGCCGUUCUCAAUGUGUUCCACUGAUAAUUUAAUAGAUAGAUCGCGACGUUAUUCCGACGAGGAUCCGAGUGUGGUGCACGUGCAGAAUAUCGUCGGCCGCACGUUGAACACUCCGCGGAGCGUGAAGCGGACGAUUCUCACGAUGGCCGAGUCGGACGAAAGAUCCGCAUUAUCGCCUCUUCGUUGCUUGUUAAUAAGGAUAUUAGUUGUAAAAAUUAUAGCUAUAUAUAUAUAUAUCUCUAUAUAUAUGCGAUAACCGCCCCGAUAAUCGGCGAUAAUCGAAGCGAAAUGAGAACCUAACGAAUUGUUAAUAAUUGAUUCGCGCGAACGCGAGAUGAAAAGGGCACGCGGAAAAGGGCUCGUUUGAUUCCGAAGCGGUCGUUGUGUUCCUCUUAAUUCCAUUCCCUGAAACUUCUUUGGAAAUUUAGCCGAGCGUCAUUUCGUCUUAUGAGCCUGCCAACUUUCGGUUUCGAAUUCAAUUCGAUGGCUUCGUAACUGGAUUUAACUUUCAAUUGUAGCCUAUACCCCAAUUAAAACGGGAAGCGAAGUUUUCUUAUCCAUUUGUAACUUCGCCCCUUAAUUUGUCAAAGCCGUGUUUAAUUUUCGCUCGCUCGCGGGUCGCGCGGAGACCAUUCGCGUUGUUGUACAUUUUUUAUCGCGUUAGCCGCUUCGGAGCGAGUAAUUCGGGGAAGUCUCGAUGAUUCCGCGAGAGCUCUGCAUACGUUACGACCGUAUUGGAAUCUCGGUUGUGCGAAGAAGUUGUACAAAUAUUGUCGCAGCUAAAUUCUAAGGCGGCGCGAACGAGAUCGGCGGCGACUCCAAAGAAAGCGCGAAACGUGAAACGAUAAUCACGAAAGAUUCGGAACGCGCGCGGUGCGUCACGCGCGAAAAGAGGAAGAGAUGCUAAUUGUAUUUAUUUAUUAUUAAGCAUAAGCAUUAGCAUAAGCCUUGCGAAGCUAACUGCGAAAUGCGUUUCCUUGUAUUGUAAAGCUUGUGGAAAUGACCAACGAGACGUUUCUACGUGGCUCUUCCAAUUCGCGGAAUUAUUUCGUCUUAGCUGCGCGCACAAUCGAAAUUCGCGUUGACACUGUGCGAUGCGCUCGAACCCGGCGGGCGGUGUGUGUGUGUGUGUGUGUGUGUG